AUGUUUUGUUCUCCAAGGUCUUUGGCUACUGGCCUUUUAAAAACCAACAGGCCCAUUUUUUCUCUGAAAAAAACAUCAAUUGCAUCAUUCAGAAAUCUCUCGUCAACUCCGUUAUUUCCCCAUCAAAUCACACAAAAGAAUGUUAGAACAUCCAAUAUAAUAUUUAAACCGUUGAUCCCGGUUAGACAUUUCUCUAACUCUAGGGAAUCGUUUAUCAAAUUUUGGAGGCAUCAAAAUCGACCAUCUGCUGGUGUGUUUCGUCCUUCUGGGAAAUGUGAUACAUCGGCUGGGAGAGGUAGUUUUUCGUCAAAGAGAUCACUUGGUCUGUUCAGUAACAUUGCGGCAUCUAACCUUUUGACUGCUUCAUUAUUUACUGUUGGAUCUUGCGGAUUGCUUUACUUUGUUUCCCCGUUCUUGUUCAACAAAACCCCUCUCAAAUACUUCAAGAAGCGUCCGGACCAUUUAGUGUACUUGAUCAUUGGAUUGAACAUUGGUGUUUUCUUGCUUUGGAAGGCCCCAAUGGUACAAGCCCACUUGUAUGAUUUUUUUGUCAUGAGAUCUGCCGGAAUGGCUGAUUUCAGUAUUUGGCAAAUGAUUGGCGCGACGUUCAGUCAUAAAGAUUUUACACACAUCCUUUGUAAUAUGAUUGCAAUCCAAUCAUUUGGCACGGCGUUGUGUCUGUUCAUUGGUCCUGCCAAUUUCUUUUCGUUAUACUUGUGUUCUGGAAUUGUUGGCUCGUGGUUCUCUAUGGCUUUACCUGCCUUACUCAACAUUCCAGCCUACGCUUAUAGUUUGGGUGCCUCCGGUGCAGCAUUUGGUGUUUUGGGGUGUUUCAGUUGGUUUUUCCCAACUGCUGGCAUUUCGCUCUUUUUCAUUUCUAUCCCUGGAGGUGCUUGGGUUGCAUUUGUGGGAUCGAUUCUUAUCAAUGGUGCGGGUGUAAUUGGCCGUUGGGGAGGGAUUGACUACGCUGCUCAUUUGGGUGGAUCUGUAGUUGGUUUAUUUUUUGGUUCCACUUUGGCAAAGAAAUUGAAAAAAUACCGUUGGUAG